AUAGGAAUGGUUGAGUCACAACCGACAUCGGAGGAUGAACAACAAUUAUCUCUUUGUGUAUGCAAUAAACCAAGAGAUCUGGGCAGCAUAGAGCUGGUAUGUUCGGAAUGUAAGAAAUGGCACCACGCAGCGUGCACCACACUUUCUACAGAGAACAUGUUACCUUUCCAGCUGAAUUACGUUUUUACGUGUAAUAAGUGUCACGACAAAGCUGUCGAUCAUAUGGUCAAGUCUAAAUCAACUUUUUUGCAGGCGUGUAUCACUACUCUUGGAAACCUGAUGUUUCACAACCUUGGCAAAAGAUACUAUUGUAAAGAUAAGGAUGUGGUACCGUUCAUUGCAGAACAUUGGGAUCAGCUCAUGCCGAACCGACAACAGAGUCUGAACUGGCCCACACACAUUUACCGGGCUCUUACCACUGAAAGUGUCUUCUCCUCGGAGACCGAGGGGGAGGAAACCUUCUACUCACUUGCUGAUGAGGAUCUAGCUCAGAUCAACCCCUUAAGAAGUACAACCGAGAAAUUGGAAGGAAACCCCAGUAAAGGUGGCAAACCCCCCAACAAGAAAGGAGGCGCAGCUGGGAAAAGAAAAACUACUGAUGGCAACGGGGGUCCAGGGAAAAAGUCAAAACUGGAGGAGAAGAAGGAGAGACUCUCAAAAUGGGGUUACCCUCUAGAACAUCCUCACAAUAAGGAUAACUACAGAUACACCCUCGCACAAGCAGACCCCCUAGCUGGAGAUAACUGGGAGCAGGAGCUAGCUGCCGGCAAACCUCUACCCUCCAAACACUAUCGGUGUAAACUGUCCGAGCACGUCCUGUUGGCUCUCCAUGACAAAGCACAGCAGAUAAAGGUGGACGAUGAGCGCACUACCGUGUCGGGGGAGAAGGGGUACUGUUUAGUUCGGGCAACACACGCUGUCAAACAUGGGUCCUACUAUUUUGAGUGCACGAUAAAGGAGAUGCCUGAUAACUCAGCAUGUAGGAUAGGAUGGGCCCAGCAAUAUGCUAACCUACAGGCUCCGUGUGGGUAUGACAGGUUCGGGUACUCUUGGAGGUCAAGAAAGGGAACCAUAUUUCACAAUAGCAGAGGAAAACGUUUCUCCAGCGGGUACGGAGUUGGUGACACGUUAGGUUUCCUGAUAGUCCUACCAAAAGCGCCCCACAGCGGCAGUAUGCUCCCUCCCUCCUACAAAGAUCAAGCUCUGAUAAAGUUUAAGAAUCACCUCUAUUUUGAGGAGAAGGAUGAGAGUGAGAAGAUAGAAAAGGCGUUAACCCCGCUUCCAAACAGCAUGAUAAAGCUGUAUAAAAACGGGAAGUGUGAAGGUACUGCUUGGACACAAAUAUAUGGGGGCGCAUACUUUCCUUGUGUUUCAAUUUACAAGAACUGCUCAGUUCAGAUCAACUUUGGUCCAGAAUUCAAGCUGAAACCAGAGGGAGACGAUCUGGGAGACGUGCGGCCAAUUUCAGACUUAGCAGCAGUGAAUAUCGUAGAUCACACGUUAGGCGACCUGCUUUACCACGUGGAAGAUCGUAUAAACACUGACACGUGACCAGAACAUUGCUAUUAGCUGUUAUUUUAACAUAUUUCAACUUGUUUUGAUUGAACGUGCUUGUUGGAGAACAACCAACCCAUUAUGCUAGCUGGAUUCUUUAUCUGAGAUUGUAAUUUCUUGUUCAGCUGAAGAUCGGUGAUGUGGACAAGUAAAUUAGAUUGAAGUUAAAUAUGUAAUUUUAAUAAACAAUGCGGUCACUGGUUGAGCUACAGGCUACUGGUUCUCUUGAGCAUAGCGGCAUAACAUAUUUAGUCAUUAAGUUACAAUUAUAUUUACAUUUUCAUCUUUUUAAGAUUUAUUAAGGUCUAGCACCCAUUUCAUUAUUAUUUGUUAUACCCUAUUGUUUGUUAUCAUUUAAAACCUGUUACUAAUAUUAUUGUUAUUUGAGAUAAUGUGAAACAGGUUUAUUGUUUGUUCUCGAAUAAUAUUAGUUUGCACUUGAACGAACAUAUUUUAUAUAUUGUACAUAGUCAUUAUUUUAUUUGACGAAUUCCUCGAAUUACCGAUC